GUUGAAGGUAAAGUCGGGAGUUUUUCGUUCGUUUCACCUCUUUCCCGUGCGAUUUUGGCUGCCUCAUUUUGAGAUUUGAGCAUUAGCGAGCGCUUGUCGUUGUGCUUGUCAUUUUGUGGGGGAGGCUUGCCUGUUGUGGCGAAUUGGUCUGGUUGCGCUUGCUUUGGAGGUCUCUGUUUAUUUAGGAACGAGGGUUUGAUUUACCGUGUUGCAGUUGUGACUCUGGCCCCUGUGGGUAGGUUCGAUUAUCUAAUUGUUGGAUUUGAUAUCUUAUCUCCGCUUCUUGGUGCGUCGCGGAGGGGUUCUUGUUGGAUUGGUUAUCUUCUUCCGUCUGGCUGUGGAAUUUCACCAAAUACUUCAGUUUGCUAUGUCAAAAAACCUGAGCAACUAGACAAUAUGUCACCGCUGUUUGAUGGUCUCCCUGAUGAAGUUGCUAUCCAAUGCUUGGCACGAGUACCCUCCUACUUCCAUCCUCAAUUGCAGCUUGUUUGUCGCUCUUGGAGGACUGCACUUCGAGGCCUUGAUAUAUUCAAGACCCGUGAGGAAGUUGGGGCUUCAGAAGAGUUACUUUGUGCCUUAGCAUUUGAGCCUGAGAAUGUUUGGCAGCUCUAUGACCCUCUACACGACCGUUGGAUAACCCUGCCACUUAUGCCUUCGGAAAUCAGACACCUAGCUCGUUUUGGUGCGGUAUCUGUCGGCGGUAAACUCUUUGUUAUUGGAGGAGGUAGUGAUAGAGUUGACCCAUUGACAGGAGAUCAUGAUCGUAUCUUUGCUAGCAAUGAGGUUUGGUCGUAUGAUCCACUCCGUUUUGAGUGGACACGGCGGUCCCCUAUGCUUGUACACCGUGCAAUGUUUGCCUGCUGUGCAUUGGAUGGAAAGAUUGUGGUAGCUGGCGGAUUCACAAAUUGCCGAGAAACCAUAACAAAUGCAGAGAUUUAUGAUCCUCAAUUAGACAAAUGGGAACCCCUUCCUGAUCUCUGUCACUCACAUAGCUCUGCAUGCUCUGGGGUGGUCCUCAGGGGGAAGAUGCAUGUCUUGCACAAGGGAUUGUCGACGGUUCAGAUAUUGGAUUUUGGGAGAAAAGAGUGGGAUGUCGCAGACUAUGGUUGGCUACAGGGCCCAAUGGCUGUGGUUCGAGGGGAGCUAUAUGUUCUAAGCAAUGGCUGCAUCUCCAAACAGUGCGCGAAGAAUUUACCUGAUAGGGUGGUAUCGUAUGUAUCCGAUUUUCACUGCCGCAUUGGUUUUGGGAUGAUUGGAGUGGGUGAUGAGAUCUAUAUCAUCGGAGGAGUAAUCGGUCCUGGCCCUAGGAACCAAUGCAUUAAACAGCUAUCUGAUGCCGAUGCAUUGAAUGUGAGAGCCGAGAGGCCAGCAUGGCGCAGAGUAUCUGCGAUGACACAUUGCUGCGGCAGCAUUCUCGGGUGUGCGGUGCUCAGGAUCUAGUUAUCAAUUAUCUGAUGCAUGUUGGUUACUUCUCGAAUAGCAAAAGGUCCAUGACUAGAAUCACCUGGUCUCUUUCUUGCUCUUAAUAUGUGAUCACCGGGCUUCUCCGUUUUUGUGUUGCCCUAUUCCUAGCAAAUGCUGUAACUAUAUGUUUUGGGUUGUUGUCAUUGCCCACUGAAACCAUCUCUUCUUGAUGUUUCAUUGUGGGUCAGAAUAUGUAGGUCAAGAGUGGCUGGAAGGGUUGGAAGUGAGAUGGUGUUGAUUAGUAUUCACUUGUCAGGACGAAACUUAUUCGGUUGAUCAAGUAAGAAAUCGUCUGCCCGCCUCAGCGGUGAAGGUCGUCGAGGAUC